AUGACGACCAAUACGAAGAAGAUCAUUGCCGUUGUAGGCGCAACUGGCACCCAAGGCUCGUCUGUUGCCCGUACAUUCUUGAACCUUUCCGACUGGUCCGUCCGAUGCCUGACUCGAGAUCCAAAAUCCAAGAAAGCCACCGAACUGUCCAAGUUAGGUGCUGAAGUCGUCAAAGCAGACCUGGAAGACAGAGAAUCUCUUCACCAAGCAUUCAACGGCGUCCAUACAAUCUUUCUCAAUACGGACUUUUGGCUCCCAUAUCGCAAAGCACUCGCGGCAGGUAUUGAUCCUCUUACCAGUACCAAAAAGGGCUACGAUGUGGAGGUUUCUCACGGAAAGAACGCCGCCGAUGUGGCUGCAACUAUCCCGACCUUGGAGCGAUUCGUUUACUCUGCGCUUGGUCCUAUGAAAGCCGCUUCCGGUGGAAAGUAUUCGCAGUCAUACCACUGGGAGACUAAAGCAUACAUUGCCGAGUACAUUCAAGCCCAGCCCAACUUGGCCAAGAAGAUUUCUUUCAUUUACAUCGGUGCCUACAUCACCAACCCUUUCCUCUGUCCCAAAUUCCAACCAGAAAGCGGGGGAUUCGUUUCCAUCAUUCCAGCAAAGAAAGAGACCAUGAUGCCGAUCAUCAAUACCGCUGAGUCGACGGGACCCUUUGUUCGAGCUUUGGUAGAGGAUGAAGAGGCCGGAACAAAGCUUCUCGCGUAUGACGACUACCUGAGCCUCCAACAAAUCACAGAUGUUUGGUCCAAUGCGCUGGGAAAGGACGUUGAUUUGAUCUCGAUGAGCAUGGAAGAGAUGAAUCAGAAGAUGGGAAUUCCCUUGGAAAUUCUCCAAGGCCCUGCUUUUAUUAGCGAAUAUGGCUAUUGCGCGGGACUGAAGAAUGUUAUCGAGCCCAGUCAGCUCAAGAAGCGUAUGCAAAACCCAUCGUUUAAGGACUGGCUCAAAGAGCAAGAUAUUACGGACUUGCUUGAUUUAAAGGAGGAAAACCACUGGGAUGGCCGUGUCCAGUAA